AUGAAAAAUGAAAGGUUGGAUCGUAUGGUAGGUCGAAGGGAGAAAGUGGACUGCACGGAUACACGUCAAGAGGAAGGCUGUAGCUCAUGUGAGCUACGAGUCGACCAAGAUUAUGACGAGAAGGAGGUGUUAGUAAAAAUUUUUAAUCAUGUUACUGGCUCAGCGUUGAAGUUCAGUGAGGAUAUUGAUGUUGCUGAUAUGCUACGGAGACAACUGUUUGGAAAGAGAAUUCUUUUGAUGACCCGGCAAAAGGAAGUGGCAUUUCAUGGAAAGGGCAACACUGAUUCUCUUAACCUUCGAUUGCUAAAACUAGAAGAAAGUUGGGAGUUAUUAGAGAUUUUCCCUGAUGAACUACUAGAAGUUGGAAAGGAAAUAGCCCAAAAUUGUAAAGGACUUCCUUUGGUGGUUGAUCUAAUUUCUGGAGUCAUUGUGGGGAGGGAAAAGACAAAGUCUGUGUGGCUUGAAGUUUGA